AUGAGGAUGUUGGCCUACGGGGCGGCGGCCGACUUGCACGACGAAUAUUUGAGAAUGAGCGCACAACUCAUUCGCAAAUCUCUCAUCAAGUUCGUUGAAGGUGUAAUCUCUAACUUCGGCGAUGAGUACUUGCGAAAGCCCAACGAAGAAGACUUGGCAAGACUUCUGCAUAUUGGAGAACAACGUGGGUUUCCAGGUUCGAGAAAUGAUAUUAAUGUGCUUGAUCAAUCUCCUGUUUUUGAUGAUAUUUUGGAAGGUCGAGCACCGAAGGUCAAUUACAUAGUAAAUGGCCAUGAAAAAAAUAUGGGAUAUUAUCUCACUGAUGGCAUAUAUCCUCAAUGGGCGGCAUUUGUCAAAUCUAUACCAGGUCCACAAACGAUGAGGCACAAGUUGUUUGCUCCACAUCAAGAGUCUACGCGAAAAGAUGUUGAGCGAGCUUUUGGUGUUUUGCAAGCUCGUUUUGCUUUUAUCAAAUGUCCAUGUCUUAUUUGGGAUCGUGAUAUUAUGGGGAAAAUAAUGAUUGCUUGCAUAAUCUUGCACAAUAUGAUAGUGGAAGAUGAAAGAAGCACAUAUUCGAACUAUUGUGAUCCAGCAGAAUUUAUUCAAGAUCGACUUGGACAAAGUAGUCGUGAGAAUGAAGAUAGAGAUGCGAAUAAUGAUUUCAUAUAUUCUACGAAUAGGAUUGCGAGUCUAGCUUCUUACAUGAAAAACAAAGCCCAACUUCAAAACAGAGAAGCUCACAAAGCUCUGCGAGACGAUUUGGUUGAGCAUAUAUGGGCAAAAUUCGGCAAUUGCAAUUGA